AAUUAAAAAUAAAUUGCAACCGAGUUGGGCAGAGGCCAGGAAACCUUCCCUCUUUAGUACAUUGAGAAAAGAACGAAAAAACUACGAAACCCUAGAAAUUCUGAAGAAGAGAUACUGCGAGUCUGCCACCAGACACAGGGAGCGACUGCCGUUGAUGGACAAUGUUCCGGCCGAAGUCGUCUCGAAGCGAAACAGAGUGGAACAAUCCUGCGAUUCCACGAGAAGAAACACCACGAGAAGAAACACCACGAGCAGAAUCCAACUGCCUAUGGAUCUGGUCUGCCCUGUCUUGGAGCGGCUGCCGUUGAUCGACGUUCUCCGGGCAAAACUCGUCUCUCAUGCCUGGAACUCAGGGGCAGACGCCGUCCUCUCUUCCAAGCCCCAUUCGCGUCUCCUCAAAUCCCCAUGGCUCCUGCUUCCUCCAAAACGAGAUGGAGAAGGUGGCUACACCAGCUAUCCAAACUGCGCCGGCAGUGAUUCUUAUCGCAUCAUGAAUCUGGAAGAAAACAUGGUUUACGAUCUGAAGAAGUCAACAGCGGACCUGAUUUCUGAGUUUGCCUGCAUUGGAUCCUCACACGUGUGGCUGAUUUUAUCCGACUACACAACGUUAUCUCCCUUCCUCUUCAACCUUUUCACCGAGGCCCGGAUACAACUUCCUUCAUUCAAAACUCUGCUCGGCAUAUCCGAAAUUGAGGAAGAUGGUGGAGGCAAAAUUCUCUGGAAAGGAAAAUGGAUGAUCCAGGCCGAGGUAGAGCUACGCCGAUGUUUUGUAUCAAGAGUCCUUUUGACAGCCGAACCAACUGGAGGAGAUUAUGCUGUGGUUUUGUUAUUGGACUCUGGAGAUCUUAUUUAUUAUAAGAAUGGAGACAUUUCGUGGACACCAUUCUAUGAUUCAGGAUUUCCGCCCCGUACUGUAGUGGAGGAUAUUAUGUGCUAUGAAAACAAGCUCCAUGUCCUGACUGUUGAUGGUGCUAUUUAUACUUGGGAUUUAGGGAGUGAUGGAGAAGGCGGCUACACCAGCUAUCCAAACUGCGCCGGCAGUGAUUCUUAUCGCAUCAUGAAUCUCGAAGAAAACCUGGUUUACGAUCUGAAGAAGUCAACAUCGGACCUGAUUUCUGAGUUUGCCUGCAUUGGAUCCUUACACGGGUGGCUGAUUUUAUCUGACUACACAACUUUAUCUCCCUUCCUCUUCAACCUUUCCACCGAGGCCCGGAUACAACUUCCUUCAUUAAAAACUCUGCUCGGCAUAUCCGAAAUUGAGAAAGAUGGUGGAGGCAUCCGUGAAAUUCUCUGGAAUGGAAAAUGGGUGAUCCGGGCCGAGGUAGAGCUACGCCGAUCUUUUGUAUCAAGAGCCUUUUUGACAGCCGAACCUACUGGAGGAGAUUGUGCUGUGGUUUUGUUAUUGGACUCUGGAGAUCUUAUUUAUUAUAAGAAUGGAGACAUUUCGUGGACACAAUUCUAUGAUUCAGGAUUUCGGAACCGUAUUGUAGUGGAGGAUAUUAUGUGCUAUGAAAACAAGCUCCAUGUCCUGACUGUUGAUGGUGCUAUUUAUACUUGGGAUUUAGGGAGUGGUUAUCCAGAAAAUAAAAUCUACAAUGGAUAUGCUGCCCCCAAUGGCAGAUUUUGGAGACCCAAUUGUUUCAUCUCUCGAGUUUAUCUGGUUCAAUCAGGUGGGGAGAUUCUGCUUGUUGCAAGGAAUGUGCUUAUUGCAAGGAAUGUGCUUGUUGCAAGGAAUGCGCUAGAGGAGGAUGACCAUGAUAUCACUACUGAGAUAUUUGAUGUAUAUAAGCUGGAUUUGGAAGGGCGAAAAUGGGUAGAAGUGGAAACUCUUGGGGAUGAUCGAUCAUUGUUUUUAGGUCAAAAUCAAUCCGUAUCAGUAUCAACAGAAGAUUUUAGUAGAUGCAAGGGGAACUGUAUUUACUUCACCCAUGAUCAUUUUUUAACUCUGCUUGAAAUUAGUGAAAUGGGCAUGGGCAUGGACAUGGGCAUCUACAGCUUGAAGGAUAGAAAAAUUUCACCAAUUUUUGAGUUUCCUUCAGAGACACUCUUGGAGUUCAGCCUGAUACCCUGUUGGCUCAUUCCAAGUUCCUGCUAAUUCAUGGAGAAGUAGCAGUGUUAGUUUUUUGAAUCUGAUUAUGCUCUUUUCUUAAUGGAUAUUCAAACUGAUUAUUGUUCUAUACUUCUGAUCAGGUGUUCUAUAUAUACAAUGACAAAGAAAGCUCAGUGUUUUAUUGAUAUUGCUUGUUUUAAUGUAAAUAAUAAAACAGAAUCUGUAUUUAGAUUUCUAACAGAGCUAAUAUGUCCAGUAACAAAAAGCCAAAAUGGUAAUUUUCUGAAGCACCUUAGAGAUCAACAAUUUAAUUAUGCUAUGCUGAAUGAAUUUUCAUAUCUAUUAUGAUCUUAGAUAUUGUAGCCAAUGCAAAAUAUGACUAUGGAUUAGGAUCUAGAAAGAAACAUUGACUGUUCUUUUUCUUUCUCCCCUAAUAUAUUCCUCUUUUUCUUUUACUUCUUUAUUGAUGAAAUAGCCGGGGAAAAAAACUUUUGAGGAGAAUUGUUCACAUAAAUAUUUGUUGUUCUAAACUUGUUAUCUUGCAAUGUGGUAUCAAACAAGCAAUAUGAUGAUGGAUGAUAAGAGAGCAAAGGGGUUCAUGUCAUUCUGACCUCGAGAGCUUACUGUCCUCAUGCCUUGCUGAAGAUGGUCAUGUGAACAAGCGCAAAAGCUUCAUUUCAUCUUCCAGAAUAGAUAUCAGACCAUUUCUCUACUACACAGAAAGUUAUACUUAAUUUACUCUGUUACUGGUUAUAUUUGUAUGUUAUAUCACCACCAGGGCAUGGAUUAGACCAAGUGGAAAUGAAAGCGACAAUGGCUCACUUGCAGAAUUUGAUAAAGGUAAUGUAUCCACUAUUUUGUAUUUACAUUUCUUCUUUUAAUUGAUUUAAAAUUUACAAUGAAUUGUUACUAAAUCUCUUUUCACCUGCCCUUGAAUUUCUGAUGUUUUGGUGGAAUAGAAAUCAGAAGGUAGU